AUGGAAUUCAUAUCACCACCGUCUUCAAUCGUAAAAGUAAAAAACUAUCGAUCGCCGGAAAAGGAAGAAACAAAGGAAAACGAGUUUAUAGAGGUCGUCGGAGAGAACCCCUACCGUUUUAUUUCCCUAUAUAAAGGAUUGAUUGAUUUGUGCAAUGGUGAAAAAAAACCUAAACUUUUUUUUGCUGUUUCAUCGAUCUCAAAUCUGCCAACGGAAUUAGUAGAGGAGAUACUCUCUAGGGUUCCGGUGACAUCUACGAGAGCAGUGCGAUUGACUUGCAAAAAGUGGAAUACUUUAUCCAAAGAUGAGAGCUUUACAAAGAAGCAUCUCACUCAAGUAGUGAGAAGAGAAGGGGAGCUUCAGGCGAUUGUGUUGCUCAACUAUAGUCUUUAUCUGAUGAGCAUCGAUCGAAUUCACGACAAUGACUUUGAUCCGUCUGUGAAGUCUAGAGGUAAUCUUGUUAGCCUCAAUGAUUCUGAUAAACUCGUCAUCAUCACUCGAGUGUAUCACUGCGAGGGUUUAGUGUUAUGCCUCACGGAAGACAACUCUAGGCUCGUGGUUUGGAACCCGUAUACAGGGCAAACUCGGUGGAUCCGCGUUGAACUCAGAUCCGAUAAGCACAGAGGAAUCUGGUAUGGUCAUGCUCUCGGAUACGACAAGAGGAACCAUAAAAUCUUGAGAUAUUUAAAUGUUCCCGGGGCGAUGUAUGUGCACGAGAUCUACGAUUUAAACUCUGAUUCAUGGAGGGUUCUUGAUGUCACUCCAGACUGGGAUGUGGAGUUUGGUAACUACGGCCUGUCUUUGAAGGGAAAUACGUACUGGUAUGGUACAGAUAAGGUAUCCCGAGAAGACGUCCCUGAUUUCUUACUCUGUUUCGAUUUUACUAAAGAGAGGUUUGGUCCGCGUCUGCAUCUGCCUUUUGAGUCUUAUAGUGAAGAUGCUGUGGUUUUAUCUAGUGUUAGAGAAGAGCAGCUUGCGGUGUUGUAUCAGCACUGUGAAACACAUGAGAUGGAGAUUUGGAUUACCACCAAGAUUGAGCACAAUGCAUUGUCCUGGAGCAAGUUCUUAGCGGUGGAUAUGGAUCCACUCACAGGGUGUCGGUUCUAUAGCGGUGGCAGUUUCCUCGUUGACGAGGAGAAGAGAGCUGUGGUUGUCUUUGAUGAAGAUAAAAACGUAUCGGAAACCAAUCGCAACACAGCUUACUUCAUUGGAGAAAACGGUUACUUCAGAGAAGUGGAUCUCGGAGAGAUUACAACAGCAAAAGAGAUUUUCCCGCAUGCCUUCUCUUAUGUUCCAAGUUCUGUGUUCUUUGAGUCUGGAUCUGAUGAGAAACGUUAAAAACGUUCUUACCUUUUGGCAUCAAUUCUUCUUGUUUUCCUAGUCGUAUCCAAGACGCAUGUCAUCUCCUUUGUCAGAACAUGAACUGGCAAGUGGGUCUGCAACAUCACUAAAGCAUCUCUGCGUAUCUUUUUUCUCAUGGCCAUACCAUUUUUUAUUUCUUGAAGAGUUUCCGGUGAGAUAUACAGUUGAGUCUUUAGUCAGAUAUGUUACAAACUAAGUCUGAUUCUUGUAUUUCUUUCCUACCAGUGGGUUAUUAUUUUGUGCUCCCACUAUGUUUUUUCCAUUCGAUCAAUACAAGAAGCUUUUAGAUUA